CCGGAACUACGAGAGGGACACAAGAGUUUGAACUGCACCAAUUUUACGGGUGAUGAGAUGCAGAUCUGUAGCAUCGUCUGUGAGCCUGGUUUAACUGUUGUAGAGUUUGACAACACUUUCAUGUGUGGGCCAGCAACAAACUAUACCUGGACUCACCAGACUGUUGAUAAUCCAACUGGUCUUCUCCCUGCCUGUACAGAUAAGAAUGUGCCCUUACAAGUUGAGCCUGCAAUCAUAGCUACAUUUGAUAUUGACUGCAACAACAAGACAAACAUAGAAGAAAUGCAGAAUCUUAUUUCAGAUCAAUUAAGGCGAAAUGGAUGUACAAAAGAGAAUAAUUGUUUUUUUGACAUUAAUUCUUUGUCAAACUGUGUUGUCAGCAAAAAGAGAUCACUUGGUACUUUGACAUUAACUAUAAAUUUAUCACUGACAACUAAAAGUGAAACAGAGACUUUGGAUGAUGACUCCACUCCUGAGCAAGAGAAAGAAAAACUGAUGAAUUUUGAAAAUCUCCUAAACCAACUGGUAAAUCAAACAGAUGAUGGUUUGAUCUUGUUCCUUGGGGGAUCUUUUCCCAGUGGAAACAUUGAGUCACUUCAAACCAGUGUUCUAUGCCAGGAAGGGGCUGGGUAUUAUAAUGGAUUUUGUGUGGACUGUCAAGCAGGGUCAUAUUCUAAUGGAAAUGGCUCUUGUGUUUUGUGUGAUAAGGGAUUUUUCCAGGAUCAACCAAGAAUGACCUAUUGCAAACAAUGUCCUGUUGGCAGCACAACAUCAAACAAAGGAUCUUUUUCCAGCGAUCAUUGCACUAUGGAACCAGUAACAUUUGAAGAUGUCUACCCAUGCUAUGUACCUAACAGUGAUCAAAGCAAACAUAAUGACAUCACAAUAAACGUUGGUGAAGAUCAUAUUGCUUUAAUUUCUGGAUUGUCAGCAGCAGUUGUAGUGGUUGUUGUGAUUCUAAUUGCUGCCAUUGUCUUACGCUUCAGAAAAAGGCAGAACAAAAGUGUGGAAACUGUAACUGUAUUCAACAAGGACCAACCAAAGAAGAUGUAAUUGAUUCGCCUACCAAAUAAAUUGUUAUCAUUUCUUUAAAUAGUUUAGAAUUGCAGUUUUAUAAAUUAUUAGUUCAAAAUAGCCUUUUCUUAAUAAUCAUGUGUUGUUUUUUUUAAAUGUAUGUCAUUAAUUUGUGAUGGAAAUAAUUAUUAAGCGAUGUCCUAAAAAAAUAAGUUUAGGUUUGCUUAGUGUACUAGAUUACUUUAAAUGUCUGUUAUUGAAAUUUAUAAAGUUAAGUUUUCUAUCUUCUUUUCUAAAUUGCAUAACAGUAUAAUACUGGUUUACAUUCUAAUCUGCAUUUUUGCUGUAUAUAUUGGCAUUGCUUUUAAUAGGAUGAAUAUAUUUAAUGUAGAAAUAUAUUAUUAUUUUACCCAAGAUAUUUAGCUUAUAAUAUACAUUUUAUCUAGUAACCGAUAGCCACAGGCUGCAGUAGCCUUAAGCUUAGAGCUGGCUAAGUUUCUUUCUAUGUGGGUCUGUACAUAAUUAUGUCAUUGAAAAGGUGCACUUGGGGCAAAUAGAUACCUACAUACAUUGCUUUU